AGCAGACGUUCUUGGCACUAAAGGUGCCAUGAAGGAGAAAAGCAAGAAUGCAGCCAGAAGCAGGAGAGAGAAAGAGAACGCCGAAUUUCUUGAACUAGCGAAACUGCUGCCUCUACCGGCAGCUAUCACAUCACAAUUAGAUAAGGCAUCGGUUAUUCGAUUGACAACCUCGUACCUCAAGAUGAGACAAGUAUUUCCAGAUGGUCUCGGAGACGCAUGGGGCGCAUCUCCAGUAAUACCAAACCCCAGAGAAGCACCUAUCAAAGAACUGGGGUCAUAUCUUCUACAAACAUUAGAUGGUUUCAUAUUUGUUGUAGCACCAGAUGGAAAAAUCAUGUACAUAUCAGAAACAGCAUCCGUACAUUUAGGUUUAUCACAGGUAGAACUGACAGGUAACAGCAUAUACGAAUACAUCCACCCGGCGGACCACGAAGAAAUGACAGCUGUGCUGUCACCGCCCAUGUUCCCGCACAACGCCGCCCCUACGCACGACCACGAGUGCGAGCGCGCUUUCUUCCUCAGGAUGAAGUGCGUGCUGGCCAAACGAAACGCCGGUCUCACCAGCAGCGGAUACAAAGUGAUCCACUGUUCCGGUUACCUGAAAGUGAAACAAUUCCCGGCUGGUUCGGGAAUGUACGAAUCGUACUAUCCUCAUAUGGGACUGGUGGCAGUAGGACAUUCACUGCCUCCCAGCGCCAUCACGGAAAUCAAGCUGCACACAAACAUGUUCAUGUUCAGGGCCAGCUUAGACUUGAAACUGAUCUUCUUGGACGCCAGAGUGGCCCAUCUUACAGGAUAUGAACCUCAGGAUCUCAUCGAGAAGACGCUCUACCACUAUGUUCAUGGAAGUGAUCUUUUAGCUUUAAGAUAUUCUCACACUCAACUGUUAUUCAAAGGACAAGUAACGACGAAAUAUUACCGCUUUUUAUGUAAGGGUGGAGGGUGGGUGUGGAUGCAAAGUUACGCCACAAUCGUACACAACUCUAGGUCGUCCAGGCCACACUGUAUAGUAUCUGUUAAUUAUGUUUUAAGCGACCUAGAAGCCAAAGAGCUCAUCUUGAACCAAUCGCAAGGCACGUCUAGGGGUGACGACGCCCGUCCACUAUCCCCUCUGACUCCGCCUCCAAAGAGGCGUAAAUACGAACCGAUCCUGCCCCUCACCCCCUCCAGCCUAUCAGCCGCAUCGCUUAUUUCGCCGCACGCCGAUGACAGCACCGCCGACUUUACCAGUGGCGGGGAUUCUAAUGGCGUGGCGACAGGAGCGAGUAGCGGAUUAUCACAUCCGCAUCCGGAUUAUCCAUUUUUCACUGCGAUACAUGCGGCGUACGAUGACCAAACGUACUAUCAUAGUCAGCACCAAGACAUUUUCUAUACGUACUCGGACUCGGAGCUGAGCCAGCAACACCUGGUACAACCAGCCAUGACGCCUCAACAGAGGCCUUACAGCGCUUCAUCUAGCUCUAACUGCUCCACGGAAAGUGAACACGGACACUUGCACUCUUCCAAUACUACGGCACCAUUCAUAGACGCCCAUUCUGCAUUUGGUGCAGCUUGCUUCAACAACAAUCACCAUCAUACACACCAUCAACCCACCACGCAGGUACAGUCGCCGGCAGCAGCACCUCCCGUAACCGGCUGGCCACAAGACUUCAAAUCUCUUCAAGGUCACUCGGCAGGGUACACCAGCGUUAUAGUUGAUUCUCAACACUAUCACGAAUACGUACAUUAGCACAACCAUAAAACUCAUAUCAAAAAGGAAUACGGACGAAGUUGAAACUUGAACUGGGGGAAAAAAUAUCCCACUGCUGAUGAGUAGUUUGCAUAAAAUGCAGAGAAACCCCAGAAUUUUGAACGUCCUGCUUGAACUGUCGUGCAUCGUCAUACGAAGUAUCGAUAUUGAACGUAACGUUUGUGGCAGUAACGGCGCGUUUUAAAAGUAGAAAAUUAAUUUUUUGUAGAUCAUUACUCUGACAAAGCAUAGUGUAAUCAUAAUCAUUUGGUGCUCAAAAAAGGGGGUUGACUGGAAAUUAUUGGGUACGUUGUAAAAAGCUGAUAUUUUAAAAGAUUUCGAUGUAAUUUUUCUCAAUUUUUUAUGAUUACUACUUGAGCCGGCGUAUUAAAAAAAAUACACCCAAAAACAGAUUUUCCACAAUAACUCCUUUCUGACGCACUAUACGAUGAAAAUAGCUAUGUUAAACUAGAGAAAAGCCCCUAUAAUUUAACAUUUCUGUAUUGCUAUAAGCAUGAUUACAUAAAAAUAUCUCAAAAAUACGUUUCCUGAAGAAAAACGUUGACAUUAGAGGUCAUGGUCAGGUUCAUUGUCAUACUUGAAUGUAACAUUGUCCGCAAUUUGCAUUUCAGGAAUUAAAAAUAAAUGUUUCCCGUUUAAAAUGUAUUUCAUCUUCAAAUAACCUUGAUGGUCACAGUCAAGGUUAUGGACAUACUUUUUACACGGUUUUCUGUUCUUUAUCUUUCCGUUGGCAAACACACAGGUUUUCCAUUUAAUAUAACUACCUUUUCAAACCCUAAUUGCUCUGUAACAUUUUUCUUUAUGAAACGUAGUUUUCGAACUUCAAGUUUCCUACACUUUACAUUCCCGGUGUGAAAAUUAGGGAUUUCCAUUUAAGAAAACUGUCUUGACCUUCAAAUGACCUUAAAGGUAAUAGUCAAGGCCACUUUAAAGGUCACCAUUAAAUGGCCCUUUUCAAACCUUACAACUAUGUUCUAGCAAACAUAUUUUCCAGAUAUUUUGACGAAUCCACACUUUUGGAAGCACUGCAUAUGACUGUACGGGAAAUCGUUCAUUAAUUGAAUGGGAGUGUUCAGUCAAUGUACGAGGUCCGUAAAUUAAGUGAUGAGACCGAUUUUUUUUAAUUUUCUUAUACAAAUAUAAUUACAAUUGUAUACUGUCAACGUCAAAAUAAGUUCCUUCUAAAGCCACUCAGCGCUGGAGACGGUUCUUCCACUCCUCAAAGCAGUGCUGUAAAUCCGAUACUGGAAUAGCCUUCAGCUGGUCGGUUGCAGUGAUUUGAAUGUUGUCGACUGUCCCAAAAUAAGUUGCCUUGUGAUUGGUUAACUUCGGGAAAAAAGUCACAAGGACUCAAGACCGGCGUAUAAGAAUGUUUUUAUUGGCUGUGUGACAAGGAGCAUUAUCGUGAUAAAACAUCCAGUUGUUCUUGAUCUGAUAAACGGUAGUGUGAGUCAAAUUUAACUCUUCCCCGAUCAUUCUGACCGUCAACCGACGAUGUGAACGCACAAGAUCCCGGAUACUGUCGAUAUUUUAAUCGGGUAUUGAAGAUGAAGGUCUACCGCUUUGAGGUUCAUCUUCAAUCGACUCCCUCCCGUCUGAAAAUGGCUUAAACCACCAGGCGGGUCACAUGUUCCCUGCCCCCCUCCACGCCCGGCCCCUCCAGUUUUGCCGGUUCGAAUGCUACGUUGCCAGUCCCAUGACUUAAUUUACAGACCUCGUAGAGCGGUCCAGCGGUGCACCGGUUUUAUGCUGAAUAACAGUAACCAUCGGAGAUUUCUUUCUCAGUUUAACAGCAGUUCUCUUGGAUGUCAGUAUGUUGAUUAAUGUUGCGAAAUUUCAAAGCUACUGGUAUUCAGCAGCUGGAUCGGUGCAGCGCUUUACGUAGGAUAAACAGACUAGACUAGUUCCAUCCCAGUCAGUAAAAUAUCUAGGAAUUAUCCUGAACUGUAAACUGAACUGGAGAGAGCACGUUGAAUUUAAGGUUAACAAGGCUCGCAAUUCAUUGUGGGCUUGUAGACGCGUUGUUGGUGUUAGGUGGGGGCUCAAACCCAACGUAUUUUACUGGCUCUCAAUGACAAUAGUACGUCCAUCUCUCUUGUACGGCUCCUUGGUUUGGUGGCCUUGCAUUGGAACUGAGACGAAUAAGGCAAAAUUCAAUACAGUUCAGCGAUCCGCGGAGAGGCGACAGUAGUCGCACAUCGACUGUGGAGUCAGGGCAGCUGGGCCUUCUUGAAUCCCGUCAAGGGUCGUACUGCCAUCCUGGUCGUACUGCAAAGGGAGGAUCCUGUCCUUCUGAGCAGGGGCGAUGUAGUUACCCCUAAGUAUCGCUUCAACCGUUUAAUGUAGAGUAUCCAACGAGGCUCACUGGAGUGAGUGGGCAAGUCUGGUACACGGACGGCACGGUCACCGAAGAGGGCUCUGGCGCCGGAGUCUCGGGGCCUAGGACUAGUUUAUCUGGUGGAUACACCACGAUUUUUCAAGCGGAAAUCGUUGCGAUUCUGGCUUGUGUAUCCAUCAUUUUGGAGAGGGGUGGGCCUAGGAGAAGGAUAACAAUCUUCUCCGACAGCCAGGCCGCAAUGAAGGCACUAAGUGCCUGUAAGAUUACUUCGAGCCUUGUGUUGCAAUGCAGGGAAGCUCUGGAUUGUCUAGCAGCGAGGCAUCCGGUAUCGUUAGUGUGGGUACCGGGGCACGCUGGGAUAAAGGGCAAUGAGACGGCGAACGCUCUGGCGAAGACAGGAUCAGCCAGCAAGCUUGUUGGUCCUGAGCCAGCUUUAGGGGUGCCAUGCUAAGAGUUGGGAGGAAAACGGAGAAGUGGAUUGCAAGGCAACACUCUCAGAAAUGUAGAAGUAUCUCGACACAUCUACGUCAGGCACGGGAACUCAUCUCAGGGCCCAAUGCUAAGGACGAGCGUUUCUGCUUAUCUUUGGAUAGAGUCACCCUAAGGUUGCUGGUGGGUCUGUUGUCUGGCCAUAACACAUUAAGGCGCCCCCUGCACGUGAUAGGGGUGGCUGAGGAUCCCUUGUGUGAGCGCUGCGGGGUAGAAGAAACCUCGGCGCACGUUCUGUGUCGCUGCGAGGCUCUUAGCUACUACAGGCAGACUAUAAUGAGGUCCAUCACUUUCGACAUUAAGGAGUUUGGGCUCAAGGCCAUACUCAACUUCGCUAGAAUGGCGAGGCUUGAGGUCUAAGAAAUGUGGAGGUGCACAAGGGCACGUCUGAGUGGCCUAUGCGCUGGCUCCUUAUGACUCUAAUUUCAUGUUUUCAUUCAUUCAACCAUCGGAUUACUUUCUCAGUUUAACAGCAGUUCUCUUGGCUGUCAGAUUUGAUAGUAUGUUGAUUAAUGUUGAGAAAUCUCAAAGCUACUGGUAUCCAGCAGCUGGAUCGCUGGAGCGCUUUACGUAGGAUAAACAGUCCCAAUGAUUUGGUUCACUUCAGUUUUCCAAUAUGAUCUCACAAGCGGCAAAGAGACAUACAUAGAAAUACCGAUUUCUCCCAGAAGUUCCAGGUGAAACUACCAAAUUCUUGAACCAACGUCUCGCCGCGGUUCGCUUCGCGUGGCUUCUCCUCAACGUGCGUACACGUUUACCUCUACUUGGCAAAGCGCUCUUCAAGCAGUGUUGCCGAACCGAAAAAGAUGAAAUCGGUAGAUAGUGACUUUGAAAUUCGGUAGAUUCAAGGACAAAAUCGGUCGCAGGAAAAACCAUUGCAAGAUCAGCGGUGGAUCAAGGGCCUUUGCGUCACGCAACGCCAUUUAUGACAAAAAAUAUAUUUUUGUAUUUCCAGCUCACACAACACAGGUUUUCAGGACAUCAUUUGAUUGUACGCAAAGAGUUUGAAUUCGCUUCCACAUUUUAGACGGCUUUUUUCUACUGUCACUGUCCGUUGUCGGCGCAUUCAUAGUAUCAAUUUUGUAGGCAAUCACUCGACGCUUGACGCUCUCAUGAAAUUGAACCAUUGUACUCAACUAAAAUCUAUAUUGAGGAGCUAUAUCUCAUACAGAAUCGACAAAGAAUCCCUGAUGUCCCGUAUUCAACGUGUAUAAGCAAGAUGUAGAGAAAAAUACGUCUGUUGGAGCGAAAACGCGAAUGAAGCGUGCUCAACACCAAGGGCGAGUCUGUGGACGCGUCAUUCCUGCGCUCGCUCUAACAGACGAGUUUCUCCCUUUAUCUUGCUCCUACACAACAAAUACGUAACAUCAAUGAUUUUCUGCCGAUCUUGUAUAACAUUCUUUGCAGAGCAUUUUUAAUGACUCUCUCUGUCAAAAUCUAUCAAAAAUCAAGCAAUAACUAUUUGUUUUGUUUAGGCUGAAUUCAGUGAGAACAAAAUUUCUAGAAUUUUGACGUAAAACUAAGAUAUUUUCGAAUAAUUUAUGAUCUCCGCAUACGCGAAAAAAAUAAAUAGUAACACCGUGUCGAAAGACCGAUUUGAUGAAUCUCCAUAUUUCACUGGCCGCCACAUAAAAUCACAGAUGUAAAGUUGGUGAUUUACUAAUAUUGUGGCCAUCACGGUGGAUUUUUACAGAGUACAAAUCAAAAAAAAUUUUUAAAUUUAGUGAAUGUUCAAUUCUACAUCUGUCGUAUUGAUAGGAAACAAAAAGAAAAAUAGCGAGGCAGGACUUUACUAGGAAAGGUAAUAAACCGACGCUCCAGUAGUUUCCUGGCUUACGAUGGAAAGCUGCAUUAGUGACAAUUUUAUAUUCCAAAAAAAUGUAGUGGACCCUUGACAUAUCCUUGCAUUAUACCCCAAAUACAACAAGUACUAUUAAACUGAACGAAUAUGAAUAUAUCAUGAUGAUUGAAGUAUUUUUUAUAUACUUCCAACUAUAUUUAUGUAUAUCUAUAGUGAUUUUUCUUGUAAGUAUAUACCAAAUAUCCCGAAUAUUUUCGUGCCAUCACAAAAAUUAAUCGACAAUUUGACUUAUAUGCGAAUCACAAUUAAUUUUUUUAAUGACUACAUUAGUGUAACCUGAAAUUAUUAUGUUUGUAUAUUACUUUUUUUAUUUUUUAAUAUUUUAUUUAUAUAGAUAAGACAAUAAUUUUUGAC